AUGGCUAGGACGAAGGGUGCUUGCGAGCAACCUGCCAGGGCUGGCAAGAUUGCCAAGACAUCCAGCGAGGAUGUGGAUGCUAAGAAGCAUGAUGCUGACGGUUCCAUGUCGGAGGCCUCCACAAAGGCCAGUUCGUGCUUCCGAAUGGAAACACCUUUGAUGAAAGGUGGCGAUGUCACCAUCGGACAGCUCAUGCAAGAUGAAGGAAUUUCCUUCAAGGAAGCUGUCGGUGUUGCAAUGCGCCUUCGGGAGGAAACGGAUGCCUUCCAUGCAGCCCAUUGGGAGGAGCGUGGUGAUCCCGAGCCCGAGCCUACCAAGCCGAGCAAGCGAACUCGUGUGCCUGUGGUAGCCGAAGCUGAUGAUGGGGAUGUUGUCGGUGCCGGCGGCAGUUCAGGGAGUAAGGCCAGAAAGGCUGAAGCUGAGAAAGCUGUGAAGCACAAGGCCCUUCCAAGCAAAGCCAAACCUAGCACACGUGUGGACAAGGACACCGCAAGCAAGGGCAAGGACACCACAAGCAAGGACAAGGACACCACAAGCAACGACAAGGACACCACCAGCAAGGCCAAGGACACCGCAAGCAAGGCCAAGGACACUGCAAGCAAGGCCGGGGACACGAAGGACACCACCAGCAAGACCAAGGACACCACAAGCAAGGCGAAGGACACCACAAGCAAGGCCUGCAAGGACACCCCAGGUGCGAUCAAGCUUGCGUCUCCCUGUGUUGUGUCAGCUGCUGUCAAAACUUCCUCUUCCGCAGCAGAUGAGAUUGCUGAGCCUAGCCCCAAGCUUGUGGCAUUCUGGGACAAGUACAAGGUGUCGAAUAAGCCUGUGGUAGAGGACACUAUGGCGGAGACCGUUCCCGAACCCUCUCUGGACGCUAGCCAGGAAGCGGAGCCCAGGUUGAGGCGUGGCCGUGCCACGUCCGACUUCAAUGAGAGCCUGAAGCCCGAGGAUGAGGAGGGGGCGUUCAUCCCUCCUGCGGCGGUUCGUCGAGGGUGGUCCUGUGGUACUUUGCUUGUUGCCGACCAGCAGCUGAGCAAGCAACGUGGGACCAUUGAUGCUGCCGAGACAAUUGUCCCGGAGAAUGCUUCCCAAAUUCUUGCGGGGCAACUUGAUGUCAUAGUUUGUAGGCUGUACCAGUCUGAGCUUGAGGGCAAGUUGAAAGCAACCGGGCAGGCGGUGCCUGCCAUGCCUGCAGCUGUCAAGGCAGAAGCCUCCUCGGGUGCAGAUGUUGCUGCAUUGGCCCCGGCUGAAGAGGAUGCUGACAUGGAGGUGGACGGUGAGUCCAUCGGCGGGUCCCAUGCCGAAGACAAUGAUUGUGAAGCUCGGGAAGGCUCCGAUGAUGAGGAGCCGGCUGAUGAUUUGGUGGAUGGGGAAGAGGCUGCAUCCAUGGGUGAGGAUGAGAACGAGGAGGCUGAGAAGGAGAAGCCUGUGGCCAGCAGACCUGCUGGGAAGCCUGAGGAGACGGAGAAGAAGGCCACCACAGCAGCCCCGACGAUCCCCCCGCGCGAGAAGAAUGCCCAGCCGUCCUCUGUGCCCAUCUUCGGACCCGCAUGCGAGACUUUGACAUCGAGCCCGGAGCCGAGCAGGGUGCCUUCGCCGAUGCCCCCCCCCUCGGAGGAUGUGGUGAACAGCCGCACCCACAAGCGUGAAUACAUGGUGCUGGACCGUUUGAUCAAGAGCGGGACGCUUGCCACGAAGUGUCCGAAUAUGACAACACUGGCCGAGGGCACGCUUAAGGACCGCCAAGAACUCCUGAAGCGCUGGGUGCAGACCGGUGGCAAUGUCUCUGCCACGGAGGCCUCCCUCGAAGCUUCCAGGACCUCGAGAUCCAGAGCACGCACGGUGAAACGCUUGGUGCCGGUCAAAGACAUGACCGAAGCUCCCUACCGAUUUUCGAAGCCCCGCAUGCUGAUAUAUGAGAUGCAAAAUGUUCUGCUAGAUGUAGAGCAUGUUGCAAUGAGGCAGAAAAUCGAAGCGAUUAUUGCACGUGGUGGUGGCAUCACUGACCCCGACGCACCAGGGGUCCUGGCUGAGACCAGGUUCUGGGUUACCCAUAUGGUCGAGUCCGCUGACGAAGUCGAUGUUGAAGUGGCUCAACGCUUGAAGGUCAAUUGCGAGGCUUCGGGUGCGAUGGUUGAUGGCAUUCUGGGGUCUGACCCCCACAACAGUGGCUUCAUGGGCAGGGGCAAGGCUUCUGCUGCGGCACCGGGUCUCAACAUGGAUGUGUUGCGGGCUUUCGAUCAGUACAACAAUGACUUGGCUGCUGCGGCUUCGGUCUCUGCAGGCCUCCCUAAACCCCAAAAUCCCAAAACCCCUAAACCCUCAACCCUAAACCCUAAACCCCCAAACCCUAAACCCCAAAGCCUAAACUUUACAACCGUCUCUCUGGCAAGGUUCUGCUGCGCCAGGUGCUGCUCCAUCGGCAGCUGGGUCCUCGAGAGGUGGUCGCACCAACAAGGGUGGUGGUAA